CACAGGAGGAGGAGGAGGAGGAGGAGAGAGGGAUCCGGAAUCUCGCGGGGGGGAUGCCGCCGGUGGGGGAGGUGGCGGCGGCGGAGGCGAGAUCGGGGAUGGUGCUCGGGGGAGGGGCGGCGGCGGCGGCGGUGGGGGGAGGGGAGGACGCGGUGGUGAUGCAGGUGGCGGGGGCGGAGGGGCAGGACAGCGUCAUCACCAUCAACUGCCCCGACCAGGCGGGCCUCGGCUGCGACCUCUGCCGCACCAUCCUCGAGUUCGGCCUCCGCAUCACGCGCGGCGCAGAUGUGUCUACGGAUGGGCAAUGGUGCUUCGUUGUGUUCUGGGUCGUGCCCCGCACGCCAUCAAUCAAGGUCCGGUGGGCGAAUCUCAAGAACCGCCUCAUGUCAAUGUGCCCGUCAAAUUACCCAAUGACUUUCUACCCUGAGAUCACCCAGCCAGGCCCCUCCCAGUUCUACCUUCUCAAGCUUUUCUCAGCUGAUCGCAAAGGGCUAUUGCACGAUGUUACGCAUAUAUUAUCGGAACUAGAGCUUAUAAUCCACAGAGUGAAGGUGUCAACCACGCCAGAUGGCAGAGUUAUUGACCUCUUCUUCAUCACCGACGGCAUGGAAUUAUUGCACACAAAGGAAAGACAAGAAGAGACUUGUUCGAUGCUGAUUGCUACCUUAGGUCCUUCCAUAAGCUGUGAAAUCCUAUUAGCAGAAGGGUUCCAGCAAGGAUUCUCUUCUCUCCCACCGACAAUCUCUGAGGAGCUGUUCAGGUUGGAACUGGCUGAUGGUGACAACUGUUCAAGGUCAAUUUGUGCGGAGAUGAAAAGAGUGCAGAAAGCAACCAUCAACUUUGACAAUACCCUGAGCCCCGCACACACACUGCUCCAAAUUAACUGUGCUGAUCAAAAGGGGCUCCUUUAUGAUAUUUUGAGAACAAUGAAGGACUGCAGCAUUCAGGUAACAUAUGGCCGAUUCUGGUCAGACAAGAAAGGUUUUCGAGAGGUGGAUCUUUUUAUCAAGCAAGCGGAUGGAAAGAAGAUUAUUGAUCCUGAGAAACAGGAUGUUCUCAGCUCACGCCUGAGGUCAGAGAUGCUCCAUCCUCUCAGGGUGAUGAUUGUCAACCGGGGUCCCGAUGUAGAACUCCUUGUUGCUAACCCUGUUGAGCUAUCCGGGAAGGGACGACCACGUGUAUUCUACGAUGCUACAUUUGCUCUGAAAGCGCUUGGGAUCUGCAUUUUCUCUGCUGAAAUUGGGAGGCAGGCAGCAUCAGAGCGUCAAUGGGAGGUCUACAGAUUCCUCCUGGAUGAUAGCAGUGAGUUCCCAUUGUCAAACAGCCUUGUCAAUAGGAACCGUAUUGUCGACAGGGUAAGGAAAACGCUGCUGGGCUGUUACAACUGAGACUUGGUUUCUAUCUCCACCAAUCCAAAGCUCAAAGACAACUGAUACAGUCAGUAUCCAAACUGUUCCAGUUAAUUACCAGGCGAACGCUCAGACUAGGACUACUCCAGGUUUGUCACUGCCGGUGAUAAACUUGCUGCCAUAACUGGCUGGUAUCACUGCCUACAAUUGCCAGUUUUCUGUUCAUGUCAUCAUGUCAUUGAAGGAUAUGUUACGGGUUUGUGACCAACUCAUCGUGUUCAGUGGUGAUGGAAGAAAGUAUCUUUAUGAAGGUCGCCUGCUUGUCAUCUUCAGAAAGAGCUGGCAAUAUGUGUAACAAAGGAGCGGAUGACAUACCCAGAAUAUGUUAUUUGGAGUUACAUACUCUGAGCACUGUUGUAAAUGGUUUCUGAAAAUGACAAAUGAGCAUAAUUGCAUCUCCGUCUCCCAAUUCCAAUCCAUUUUCACGUUGCUCACAUGUUAUGUCAUGAAGAGAGAAAGAAAGAGAGGAAAAAGGCAUAUGUUUGGUGGGAGGAGCAAAUCGGAGCUUCAAUUAUUGUGCUUUGUUUUGGCCAGGGUAUUACUGGAUGCUGACACAGAUACAUGAGCUUGUUGUAAAGUAGUGCAAGAUGUGCCAUCUGCCUCACCUGCCUUGCUUUCCUGCCUCCUUCCUACCUUCCUGUAUGAUUGCUAUUUCUUGAGUAGAUUAACCCUGUUCCCUGAUGUGGGGUUUGUACUUGUCACUUUGUCAGCAUUCAUGCUAGUUUCUAGAGCUUAGAGCCCUAGUUUGUUAAUGCAAAAGCAUAUUAUAAAUAUAUGUACCAUCUGGUUGUAAAUGACUCGAUGAAAUUCUCUAGUGACCACUAUUCUCGUGUACAUUGUUUUGAACCAAACACCUGAAUAAUUUGAUCAGUAAUUAAUCA